UUGAACGCCCUAACGGUACGGAAAUCUUGUGCGCGAAAACGACGUAAAGCGCGAGGCAGACGUGCGAAUCGCAACCGCACAAGAUCAACGUCAAAUCCUGGCACUAAACAGUCUGUAAGAUCGAUUCGUGAACCGAAUUAACACAAAAUAAUAAAAAAAGGGGGUUAAUUUAAAUGGCUAAUCGACCGAUGGCGAAGCCGGAGUAAUUAAGUCGAGACGCGGGGCUCGAGCUGAGUGUCACCGCGGACUUAAAUUUGAGCACAACGAGAUUCGCGUGAAUUGGUUUGAAACGAGUGCUAGGCGAGCGAGAGCAGGCUCUAGACUGACUUUUGAGGGCCGCUACCCAGAGCGCGGAACAUCCAGCCGUCCGCCUCGAUCCCGUGAACGACAAGUGUCGAUCCGACGACAAACAGCUAAUCGGGCACGCGAAACACGCGUGCAAACGCGUCAGGUACAGACGAUAGACGAAAAAUAAUUUGGUUUCUCGCCAUCGAAAUCGAUCAGCGGGAGUUGGACUCGAGCAGCCGACCCGUACAGACGUAGUCCUCUCUCACUUCAGUUAUAUUUUAACAAAAGUUAGGCUAUCAGCCUUAUAAAGAAUGUAUAUAAAGUAGUGGAAAGUAUUAAAUUAAUGUACAUAAGGGGUCGGCUUUAAUAUCAGAAUACAUUCCAACAAAUUAUAAAGGACAAAGAACAAGGGACGAAGGAAAUUCAGCUGAGCACGUGCACAGCGUGCGAGUGGCACACACUGAAUACAUGAUCGGCCAUCUUAUGGAAAACUACGCAGAAAGGAGAAAAAUCAAGUAGAGAAAAUCUAUGGGAGAAUUGAAGCUAUCCGAAUCAAAAAUCUCAGGAAAUUAGACCGCAAACCAAUGUAAGAUGUUAACCAGAAUAAUCUAGCCCUCAACUAAAGAAGGUAAGUCUGGAGGCUUAAACUGAUAAGAUUUUCGUAUGCUCGUUUAGCAUGGCGUAGUAUGCUUUAAUUUAUUCUUUUUGAUUCUAUUUUCACUCAUUGCUUUUGCUUCACACAUUGAGCCUAUAACUGUUGUCUUUUCAAUUUUCACGUUCAUAUGAGAAGGGUUAAUCCGCAUUAUAAAUACUAAGAAAACGAAAGCAUUAUUAAAAAAAAAAAAAAUUAUUACAAAAAAAAAUUAUUCAAUUUAACAGUGAUAAAUAUGUGUGAUAUUAGCAUGGCUUUCCUUUGUUGUAAUUAUUAGUACAUUUUUAACCAAUAUUUGAAAAUUAACAAAUCUGUAAGCUGCAUCCGCUUUGAUAAAUCGGUCUUUUUCAUAUAUAAAAAUAUCAAAAAAAAUAUAUAUAUAUAUAAUUGAUAAGAAAAUAAAAUACAUAUAGUAAUAAAGGAAACUGAUUGCAAAUAAUUUAUUUGUUAAAAUUUAACAAGUUAAUAUACAUUAAAAAAAAAAAUUUUUUCAAAUAACUAGAUCACUAUAACUGUUUCUUCGAUUUAGAAGAAAUUCACUUUGUUUUUCACGAUCACUGUACGUGAACUUUAGAUACAUAAAUAAAAACAAGGUCAAUAUAUAUUUUGCUCUACAAAUUUUCUCUAGAUAUGUGAUACUGAUAUUUGCCAAUUUAUAAAUAUUCAACAUCGAUUAUAAAUUCUGAAGUACCUUAUAGUUAGUAUAAUUCUUCAAAAAAUAAAAUAAAAAGAAAUCUUAAAAAAAAAAGAGGAAGCAAACUGUUGUAGCAAGAAUUAUAACAUAUAAUAUAGUAAUAUAUAGACUGAUUGCUAGUUAGUUAUCUUAUUAGUUGAAAAGUAUAUAUAAUUAAAAAAAAAAAUAAAAAAAAAUUUUUUUUUCUUUGUACAUAUAUAAAUUAUACAUAAAAAAGGGGGGGGGAGAGAAAUAUAAAACCCUUAAUUAGUUUUUCAAAAAAGUUCAAAAAACAAAAAAUAAUAUAAAUAUAUAUAUAUAACAAUAAAUUGAAUGAAAGGAAUUAUUAUAUUUAUAGAAGAGGGUUAUUAAUUCCCCAAAUUAAUUACACAAUUUGAAUGAUUUAAAUAUGUAUUGGUCUUAAUAUAAGUUUGUAUUGAUAUGUAUCCAAAUAUAUAAAGAAAUAUAUGAAUAAAUGUUUUACACUUUAUAUAGGAAAUACAUUUCGCUUAACUAUUGGUUGUUGGCUCGCUUUGCCUUUCACAACUCUCAUGCAUGAACCCUGUAUAUACAAACAAAAUCAGGGCCAAUGUUUGUCUUGUUUCCCGAGUUGCUCCAUAAUAUACAAGAUUCAGGAAUUCCGGGAGACUUAUCAUGCGCUUGUGAUUUUGGAUCUAUCUGACGAUUAAAACAACAAUCAAUAAUUACCAUAAAAAUAAAAUAAAAAAAGGGAAUUACUUAACAAGUAUACAUAUCCAGUAAUCAAAAGCAAAUUUUAAACUUGCAUAUUCCAAAAGAAAAGGAUAUACCGUUAGAAAAAAAAAAAAAAGGUAUAUAUAAAUAUAAGUAAACUGUAAUAUUUCUAUGUCCAUAUUACCUGCUAUGGUUUACUGAUACUCGCUGAGAAUUGUUCUUAAUUGGAAAAUUGUUGAGAAAAAAAAAAAGGAAGAAGGAAAAAGAAAAAAUUAUUUAAAAUUAAUUGCAUAACUUUCUAAUAUCUGUAGAAUUUUCCAGUUGAAUCUCCAAGGAUAGGCUUGGAUAAUUAUAUAUUUUUGUUUAACGGGGAUUUACUAUAGCAUUUGUAUAAAUGGAUGACUAAAAUUGGUAUAGUAAUAAAUCAUAGAUCAUAUUUUAAGUGGGUUGUUCUCUAAUAUAAAAUUAUAGAAGAAAAGGCUGUGAUCACCAAAGAUAGGGUUAAAGAAUAGUUUAGAUAGGUAUAUAGUUAUAGUUUAACGGGGAAUUUACUCUGGCAUUUGUACAUAUAGAAUAUAAAGAUUUGUAUAGUAAAAAUCAUAUAGGGGGUUGCCAUAUAAUAAAAAAAUCACAGUAGAAAGAACGAGAUCAUCAAGGAUUUAUUUAAAGAUUGGUUCGGAUAAUUAUAUAUCUAUUGUCUAACGGGGAACUUAAUCUGGCAUCUAUAUAUAAAAUAUUAAGAUUUAUAUAAUAAUAAAUCAUAGAUCAUAUUCAUAAGGGGGGUGCUCUCUAGUAUAAAAUUAUAAAAGAAAAAGCUGUGAUCACCAAGGAUAGGGUUAAAGACUAGCUUAGAUGGGUAUAUGGUUAUAGUUUAAUGGGGAAUUUAUUCUAGCAUUUGUACAUAUAGAUAUAGAGAUUAGUAUAAUAAAAAUCACAAAUUACAUGAGUAAGGGGGUUGUUAUUUAAUAAAAAUCAUAGAAGAAAGAAUCAAGAUCAUCAAGGAAUUAUUUAAGAACUGACUUGGAUAAUUAUAUAUCUAUUGGUUAAUGGGGAACUCAAUCUGGCAUCUAUAUAUAAAAUAUUAAAUUUAGAUAAUAAAAUAUUACAAUUCACAUUUUUAAGAUCUAUAUAACAAAAAUCACGACUCACACUUUUAAGGGGAUAAUUAAAAAAAAAAAAAAAAAAAAAAAAAAAUCAUAAAGGAAAGGCUAUCAAGAGAAGGUCCAAUCAGCUAAAUAUAUACAAUAUUUUCCCAAAUGUCUAAGAGCAGCGCCAGACUAGCUAACAAGAAGGCCUCCUCAAGUCAGAAAUCAUCGGGUCCAGGAAGAGUAGAUAUGGAAAUCCCCAAGAAUCCAAAAAACAGAACUAUAUCUCCAUCUAUUAAAGAACACAAUAUAGGCACUGGUUCCCAGGAUUACUCGGUAUCUCAACAAUCCCAACAAUCUCUAGCCGAGAUCUUCCCUACCGAAUAUGAGCGGGAAGUUAUAGUUAAUACAAUCCUGGGACCUAAUGACGUAAUUAACCAAGAUUCUCAUGUUAACGUAGAGGAAUCUGCAAGAAUAAAAUAUAUUAAAAAUCAGCAGAACAAUCGAUAUUCGGUUGAAAAUGGAAGCUCAUAUCUAGUCUUUAUAGAAUCUCUAAGUGAGGACUCAGAAGAGAAUAUAGGUAAUCUCCAUCCAAAUACUAUAGGUCAGAAACUAUACAAGAGAAAAAUGGAAUCCAAAUACAAAUAUAUAUAUGAUAACAUUCUUAACUUUAGUAGAAAAGGAAAAAAAUUAAUUAGCAUAGAGUUUAGAACAAUGAAGGAGGCAAAUAAAUUUCUAGACCAUAAGGAGUUGAUCCCAGAGAACUGGUUUGCUUACAUCCCCAACUUUAAGAUCUUCAGAACAGGAAUUAUUAAAGAUGUUUCGAUUGACCUUUCAGAAACAGAAAUUCUGGAGGGGAUAGAAUUUCCUAAUAAUUCUUUCAAAAUAACAAAGAUCGAAAGACUAAAGUUUUUAGACCGAAGGAACAAUAAUUCUUUAAAACCAUCAAAUAGUGUUAAAAUCACUUUUGAGACCAGUCUUCUGCCGGAAUUUGUUUAUAUAUAUAGAUACAAGCAUAGGGUACUUCCAUUCAUUAAUAAGCCAAGGAAAUGCACUAAAUUUUGUCGUUGGGGCCACUCAGAUAGGAUGUGCAGAGGGAAGGUAAGAUGUUCCAGAUGUGGAGAAGAUCACCCCAUAGAAGAAUGUACCGAGGACACUUAUAAAUGUGUUAAUUGUGGAGGCCCACAUAGCCCCUUUGAGAGGUCAUGUCCCUCCUUUCAAUACCAAAAUUUAAUAGCACAUGUGAUGGCUUAUGUAAACUGCUCGAAUUUUAAGGCCAGAAGAAUUUUAAAAAAUAGAGAUAUUUCUGACAUUUCACAAAUUAGUCAGAUGUUUAGAUCCCAGGCUUAUGCGGGAUGGAAUUCAAGAUUGGAAUUGGGAAGGUCCCAUGGUCAUAACGAAAACACGCAUAGAGAGGAUUCACUAGAGGGAUUAAAAAGAGGCCCAACAAGAAUAUUUAGAGGAAAUUACACUGAAAAUGCACGUAAAAAUCGAAUCCCUGACCGCUCUGCUAGCAACAUAACUAACAUUCAAACGGCUCCUUCACAGGAAUCAUUAGGUUCACUCAAUCGCCAUAAAGACAUUCGUGAUAGGAGAGCUACACGUGUGGACUCGUUGAUAUCGUUAGCCGAAUCUCAUAACACAGCAGAUGGACAGGGUUCUAUUCCCUCACAGAGUCAAUUGGCCUUACCACCUUCAGGGGUUCUACUUAAUAAUCAAGUAAUUAAUGUUGAUGUUUUAUUCUCGCAUAUCAAUCGACUAUUGUCUUCGGAUAGCUCUAGGGAAGAAAAAUGGAACGAAUUUAACUAUUAUAUGAUUGCAUCCAAACUCUUCAAAGAACCUUAAUUUAAUAUUUUUUCUCUUGCAGACAUACCAAAAAAAAAAAAA